AUGAUUUGGAAAAAUUUACUUUGUCUAAUAAUUGGAUUUACCAUUGGUCUGUAUUCGACAUUUGUUUGGUUUAAUAAUGACCAACAAAAUGCUGGAUUCAGAACUACCGAAAUCGAUGUUAAAAGCGGCCAUGGUUAUACAUCGUAUAACACUACACGAAUCCUCUGUUGGAUUAUGACCCAACCAGCAAAUCAUUUGACCAAGGCAAUACAUGUACGUGAGACAUGGGGUCGCAGAUGCAAUAAAUUGCUAUUCAUCAGUUCGCAGGAAGAUGAGGUGUUGCAAACGAUUGCCUUACCAGUGGGUGAAGGUCGUCAACAUUUGUGGAAUAAAACAAAGAUGGCCCUGAAAUAUAUUUACGAUAAUCAUAUAAAUGAUGCUGAUUGGUUCCUGAAAGCGGAUGAUGAUACUUACAUAAUAAUGGAAAAUCUUCGCACAUUUCUCCGUCCAUAUUCGUCAGAUGACCCUUUAUAUUUCGGAUGCAAGCUGCAGCAGCAUAUUCAGCAGGGUUAUAUGUCUGGCGGUGCUGGCUAUGUCCUAAGCAAAAAAUCUUUGGAGAAAUUUGCCAAGGAAGCCUAUGAUAACGAUGUCGUUUGUAAUCGUGAAUUUCAAGCCGAAGAUCUUCAAUUGGGUAUGUGUUUGGAAAAUAUUGGUGUCAUCGCAGGCGAUUCAAGAGAUGUCGAGGGUAAAGAGCGUUUUAUACCGCUAGCACCACGUGAUGUAAUGUCAAAUAUAAGAUCGGAUUGGUAUACGAAAUUAGUAUAUCAUGAUUCAAAUGAGAAUGUCACCUGUUGUUCAGCGACGGCAAUAUCGUUUCACUAUCUUAUUCCCGAAGAAUUUUAUGUUAUGGAAUAUUUUCUCUAUAAAAUGAAACCUUUGAUUGAUAGGGGAUAA